UUACGUUAUAACUUAAUUACAAGACUAGUCAACGGUUUUCAGGCAUUUGUGUUGUCAACGAUAAAGCUGUCUUUAUUAAACUAUUGUUUUUUAACGUGGAAAAGAUGUCUUUAGCUCACGUCGUUGUGCUUAUGGCUUUAGUUGACACUGGAGGCGCUGGUUGUAGCAGAUCAGAUUGGAUGGAAAAGUUUAAAAAAGAGGGAACUUCAACGUGCAAUGACCUAAAUGAUUUUAUCUCUGGCUUUUAUCGAGCUGCCUUGGUGGUUAUUAAUGAGGACAGUAUAGAAUUAAUAGAAGGAGUUGAAUGUUGUUCGAGAACUUCACCAUGGGAGAAAUCUAAAACACAAACAAUGAUUGCUAAUUGGUGGUACUCGUUUAAUAAAGACGACUCCUGGUCAAUCUGUCCUCCUGGUUAUUUUCUUAACGGUUUUUACAGAACGAAAGACGCUGACCGUGGCUAUUUGAAUAACAUAGAAGAGGGACGUUGUUCUAAACCAGUUGACCACCCAGCAUACUAUGGUCACUGUUAUGACCACGAAGUUGGGAUCUGUUUUUCUGACAAAGGUUUGUGUAAAUGUAAUGAUGGUUACUAUGUCACUGGUUUGUUCAAGGCGAACUGUAAAAAACUUUAUUGUAUAAAGACUUUGCGAUGUUGCAAGCUGGCGUCAGCACCAGAAGUACUGGACGAUCUCCAUAAGGUGAAGACACGCAUCAUGGACACUACAAUGGAAGACAUAGCUAUUUUGGCGAAUUAUCUCGGUUAUGGUUGGUGUGGAGGUUGUAGAAGCCAGUAUGUUGGCGAGGAUUUUAUUAAAAACGGCGACACAUGGCUCUCUAGUACAAAACAACCUUGUGAUGGGUAUAUGCAUAAUCAACGUCUCAACCUAGCCUAUGGAGACUGGAGUUUUGGUAUAAAAGACAUCAAAUAUGGAACGCCUUUAAUUGAAGAUUUGACGCCUGAAACGAUAGACUCAGGAGUUCUUACAAACAGCGAACCGACAAAUUCAUCACAGAGUGUCACACGAACUGAAAUCAUUGCGCGUGUUGUCACCCAUACGACAACCAGCGCUUGGAAAAACAGCCAGGAACUCAAUUUCGGAAUCUCUUACACACCGCCUGGCGGACCUACGGUUUCUGUUGGGUAUAAGUUUGGAUUUGAAACAAGUUCAUCGCAAACAGAUGAAAACAGAAGGGAGCAGGCAAAAUCCUUUACAGUUAGUAGUGUAAAAACCUUAUUACCGAACUCAGCAGCUAAAUGGCGUCUUGUUGUGGCCAAAACACAAAUUUCAGUUAACUAUACUGCGACAAUUAUAGUUAAGUUCUCCACUGAGCUACAAGGCUUUCUACGAUGGGGUGGGGGGAUUGGUAAGGAUAAUACAAAUUACCAUUAUGAGCAUCGCGGUAGUGAAGAUCGUCCUACUUUUAACUACAGAUUUGGAGAUUCUAAGGUUCCAUUCUACACAGCACUGAAGAGAGAGAGCGAUACAAUCUCACGUCCUUGGUUGUGGACCGAUUUGAAAAGUACAUAUUUAACCUUCAUGGAUUUAAUCACCAAUUUAACCGACGAAAGCAGGUACUUCCUUCAACUAACCGGAAAGUUUGAAGACGUCUCGGGAAAAAACGUCGACUUUCAUUGGGAUACCGUACCGACAAGAAAGCGAAGAGCGGACUCUCGUGCUAAUGGACAGGAUAACAUUUUUCAGGACUCAACACCAUUUUCCAAGACUGUGCUUAACGAUGUUGGUCAUACGAAUCUAACGGAUCAUAUUUUACAGAACUUCACACAAGUCCCCAAUACUGCGCCUAACGAUGUUGGCCCUACGAAUCUAACGGAUACUAUUUUACAGAACUCCUCACAAGUUACCAAGACUGCACCUAACGAUGUUCCUCGAGUGAAUCUUUGA